AUGUCGUCUAUAGAGCAACCCUGCUACACUUUGAUCAAUAUCUCUAGUGACUAUGAAAUGCCAAAUGAAAUGCAACUCAAGGCAGACCUCGGUUUGUAUUACACAUUAACAUUAAGUAUUAAAAAAUAAGUUAAGUACUAUUAUUUUUUAUUUCUAUAGAAAAAGGAGAUGAAAAAACAAAAAUUGAAGCAUUAAAAAAAGUAAUUCAUAUGAUAGCCAAUGGAGAACGCUUGCCAGGAUUAUUGAUGAUAAUAAUUCGUUUUGUUUUACCAUUACAUGAUCAUACAAUUAAAAAACUUCUUUUAAUAUUUUGGGAAAUUGUUCCUAAAACCACAGCCGAUGGAAAAUUAUUACAGGAAAUGAUAUUAGUUUGUGAUGCGUAUCGUAAGGUAAAUAAUUGAACAAGAUACUGAAUAUGCCUAAAGGUCUGGUGUUGAAAUUUAGAGUUCACUGUAGUUAAGUAUGUUGGUAUAAAGCAUUAAUCAUUUUUUAAAAAAAAUUCUAGUUAUAUUCAUUGAUUAUAUUAUGAACUAGCAAGUAUCACCCGGCUUUGCUAAAUGGUCUUUUUAUUUAAUUUCAUUUGUUUUUUUGUUUUAUGUAUAAAGCCCGGUUCACACUAAGGCAACGUAGAACGACAUAUAAGUUGUCAAUAAUCUCCUAUUGUUCCGUAACACGAAAACAAAUUGCAAUAUUUGAAACAUAGCGUACAUAUUUAGGCAACAAAUUUACAGCAACAUUGAUAAAAAAUUUGACUAAACUGAGUUCACAUUGAUAAACUUUUAGCUACAUGCCUGUUUACCAAUUUAUUAUAUUGUUUUGUUUUCAAUCGAAACAUGAAACAAUGAGACAUUUUUGUUGCUGCAACAAAUUAUUGAUGACACAUUUAAUAACUUCUGGAAAUGUAUAGGAACUUUUGUUGUGUUAACAUACUUUGACUUCAAAAGUUGUUAUAUAUUGACUUUGUGUAGACCAGGCUUAAGGAUGUUUUAACAAUUUUUUUUGUUUGCAAUUGCUUGUGUAUCCUCACUUUUUUUCUUCAGCUACUCAAAACAAAAAAUGAUCUGGUCUUUUUGUUGAUAUGAUAUUUAUUAUAAUUAUUUCCACUUGAUAUUGUAUUUAUUAAAUUGUCAUUUUAAAGAACCUCUAAUAAUCAUUUCUUUCAUUCGAAUUCAAUCCAGCUAUUAUAAAAGAUUUUAACAAACAUUGUAAAAAUAAAUAAUUAUUAAUAUGAUGAACUCAAAAAUAUAAUAUUUUUAAUUUAAAAUUCUUUUUGUGAAUUUAAUUUACAAACAUGGUCAGUUUUUAUUUUGUCAAUCUUUUAUUCAAUUUAUUUCUAAUAAAAUUUUCCCUGAUGCCAAACGUCAUAAACAAAAGUUAAUUAAUGUUAUUAGUAUAAAUAUUUAAUUGUAAAUAUUGCACCAAUUCCAGGGAAAUGGGAAAAUAAUUACAAUAUAUAUCAUAUCUAAAAAUAUACCAGAUGAUUAUUAUUUUAUUUUUGGUCUUUUUAUUUUAAUAAAUAUUAACUUAUUAUCGCCGCAUAAUCUUUAUUUAAUUUCAUUGUUUUUUUUUUUCAAAAAUUAUAUUAUAAUUCACUAUAAUUUGUAAGUUAUUAUUUUUUACUCUUUAAUAUCACCAUUUAAAUUCACCAGUUUUAGUUUUUGAUUUUGUAUGUUACCAAUCUGAAUAUUUAAACUUGAAUGGUUGCUAUAAAUAAAAAUGAAAACUAAAUAAUAAAAAAAAACAAAUGAAAUAAAAUAAAUAAGUUCAAGAUAGUGACAUUUAUAUUUGUUUAUAUAUAUGUUAUUUUUUUAAAACUGGACUUUCAACCUCCCGGUAAUUGUGAAAAGUCUUCAGGAUGAUUUUCAUGUUUACACUGACACUCUUAAGGUCAAAAUCUAUGCCAAAUUUCAAGACAAUCAGCCAUGUAAUUUACGAGAUCCUGCAUUACUAAAAAACCUCCACUUCUUUUUAUUGUAUUUUAUUAUUAUUUAAUGCUUAAAAUAAAAAUACAAUGUCAGACUCUUUAACAAAAUCUUUUCUGUUUACAUUAAUUUUGUUAAUUAAGUUAAAAAAUGUUAUUGUUUAAGGAUCUACAACAUCCAAAUGAAUACUUAAGAGGAUCAACUCUUCGCUUUUUAUGUAAAUUAAAAGAACCAGAGUUAUUAGAACCAUUGAUGCCUACCAUUAGAUCUUGUCUUGAGCAUCGCCAUUCCUAUGUACGACGUAAUGCUGUUCUUGCAAUAUUUACUAUUUAUAGGUAAUUGAAACUUAUUUAAUUUAAUACCGUUCUAGUAUUUUAUAAUCAUUGUAUUUACUAAUAGGAAUUUUGAAUUUUUGAUACCUGAUGCGCCUGAACUUAUUGCUAAUUUUCUUGAUGGUGAACAAGACAUGUCUUGCAAACGUAAUGCCUUUAUGAUGUUGUUACAUGCUGAUCAAGAUAGAGCACUUGCGUAUCUUGCUUCUUGCCUAGAUCAAGUUGCUUCUUUUGGUGACAUUCUACAAUUAGUAAUUGUAGAACUUAUAUACAAAGUAAGAUAAUAACAUAUUGGAAUAAAUUAACAUUUAAAUGGAACCAUUAUUUUAUUAACUGUUUUUAUGAUAUUACAUUUAGGUGUGCCAUGCAAAUCCAUCAGAACGUUCUCGAUUCAUACGUUGUAUUUAUAAUUUAUUGAAUUCUAGUAGUCCAGCUGUACGUUAUGAAGCAGCUGGAACAUUGGUCACUUUAUCAAAUGCUCCAACUGCGGUUAAGGUACAUAUUAUAAUAUAAAAUUAUAUAUGUUAAAAUGAACAGUUUGGACUAGGCAAUAUUAGUUUAUCUUGUAGUGUAAAGUUUCAUAUAAAGACUAUCUAUAAUAUUCUAGUCUAAACUAGUAAAUUCUAACGCACUUGGACCAAACUAAUUAAGACAGUAACAUAAUAUAGACUAAGUAUACAUGUUAAUAAUACAGUUAUUAAUAACGGGCAUUUCAGGCAGCAGCUUCUUGUUAUAUUGAGUUAAUUGUAAAAGAAAGUGAUAACAAUGUGAAACUUAUUGUUUUGGAUCGUUUAAUUGCUCUUAAAGAGCAUCCUUCACACGAAAGGGUGCUUCAGGACUUGGUUAUGGAUAUAUUAAGAGUAUUAUCUAGCACUGAUUUGGAAGUCCGAAAGAAAACAUUGAAUUUGGGUAUACUAUUUGGUCUUUGUUAUUCUGUAUAUUGAAUAGUUAUCAUUUGACUUAGCAUAACUAUAAUGUUGUUUAGCUAUGGAUUUGGUAUCAUCACGGAAUAUUGAGGAAAUGGUAUUUGUGCUUAAAAAUGAAGUGGAAAAGACUCAUAAUUUAGCUGAACACGAAGAUACUGGAAAAUAUAGACAGUUGUUAGUGCGCACACUUCACACCUGUUCUAUUAAAGUAAAAUUGUUUUAUUCAGUUAGGUUUGGUAUCAUGAUGAUUUCUCUUUCAGAAUAUUUUAUAGUUUCCAGAUAUUGCUGCCACAGUAAUACCUGUCCUCAUUGAAUUCCUGUCAGACAAUAUAGAAUUAGCUGCUACAGAUGUUAUGGUAUUCUUGCGGGAAGCUAUUUACCUCUUUGAAUCAUUACGACCUCUUAUUAUCCAGCGUUUAUUAGAAGUUUUCCAAUCCAUAAAGUCAGCUAAUGUACACAGAGCAGCUUUAUGGAUAUUGGGUGAAUUUGUCAACUCUCAAGAAGAUAUUGAAGCUACAAUUGAACAAAUAAAAAUAUCACUUGGAGAUGUAUGUAUAUGGAUUUAAAUUUAAAAAAAAUUGUUUGUUAUUUCUGAAAAUUUACAUUUAUUGAAAUGUAAAAAAAACAAACUAUUUUCUCGGUUAAAAUUAUUUUAUUUAAAUUAUCUUAAAAAUAAUAAUAGUUGUAUUUGAAUUGAAUUGUCUAAUAGACAAUUCAAUUUUAAAUUAACAAUAGUAAAUAAAAAUUAUAACUUCCAAAAGUGUAAUAUUUUAAGACUAUUAAAAAGUGUAUUUUAUCAAUAUGGUAAUUUUUUGUACUGAAAAAUGUAAAAACAUCAUUUUUAUUGAGUUUUCCUAAUAUCACAAUCAAAUCAAUAAUUUGUUAAUGUUAAAACAAUUAUAAUUCUAAAUAUGUCAUUACUAGAUAUUUGUUUGUUUGCAUUAAGGUCAAUAUUUAUAAAUUUUUUUAAACAAAUUUUAGAUGCCAUUAGUUGAAGAUGAAUUAAAAAAAGCUGCUGGUGAUUCAGAGAACGUAGAAGAAUUUGGAUCGAGUGGUUCACAGUUAGUCACAUCUGAUGGCACAUAUGCUACUCAAUCAGCAUUUAUUAUAAAUACUCCUCGUAAUAAUCAGUCUAAAAGACCUCCAUUAAGACAGUAUUUAAUCGAUGGAGACUACUAUAUUGGAGCUGCUUUAGGCACAACUUUUACUAAAUUAGGCAUAAGAUAUGCUGAAAUAUAUAAUGAACAAGAUUCAAUAAAGGCAAAUCAAUUUUGUGUUAAAUUAAUGCUAAUUCUUGUAUACAUUUUAAAACUUGGAAAAUCAGGUAACUAUUUAAAUUUAAAUGUUUUAGAAUGCUUUUAGGAUAUUGUAUUUUAUUAUUUUUUAAUAUUUUAGAUUCUGAGCUGAGUGAGGAAUGUAUUGGUUUUGUAAUGAUGUUUAUUUAUUUAUUUUUAAAUCUGAAAAACUUUUUCAAGAAAUUUUGCUCUGAUUUCAAGUGUAGCACUUUUUCUGAAGGGAAAUCUGACUGGGGUGGUCAUUAGGGAGAUCAUUUUUUGGUUUUCCUAGGAGUUUUCAUAAUAAAUAGGAAAAAACGGGAAAAUUUAUGAAAUGUUUUAUUUUUAAAUUGUAAAUAUUACUACCUUUUAAAACCGAAUUCCGCUCAGAAUCGUUUGUUUUGUCAGCAAUGAUUAAUCUUUGUGUACAGAUGAACAUUCAAUUUUCCCUCUACCUUCCCAACUUCUCACUUACAACAGUGGUCCACCCAUCAUGUGAAGUGUGUUUUUUUAAACGUACAUUUAUACUAUUUAGGAAUUUGUUCCAAGGCAAUUGGCAUUGAUGAUGAAGAUAAGAUUUUGGAAAGUGUUAAAAUAUUGAACGAUAGAGAUAGUGAAAUUGAGCAAUUUUUCAUUGUAGAAUGUAGCAAAUCAUUGAAUGAAAUGUUGGCUGCCAAAGAAGAUGAAGAAAGCAGUACCAAAAAAGUAAGUUGUAAAAUUCACUUAUACAUAGUUUUCUUUAGGUUUAUAUUAAAAUUUAAAAAUGUACUGUAUUUUAGGCAAAAGAAAAGCCAGGGCAUAAGGUAAAUGUCGAUGAUGCUAUUGUAUUUUUACGCACCAGUAGUAAUGGAACAGAAGGUACAGAAAACGUUUUUGAACUCAGUUUAAAUCAAGCCGUUGCUGGUGGUGGUUCUAUUCAUCAGAACAGUAAUGAUGGUGGAUCAGGUCUUUCAACCAAUAGUAAACUUAAUAAGGUUACUCAGCUGACUGGAUUUUCUGAUCCAAUAUAUGCUGAAGCUUAUGUGCAUGUAAAUCAAUAUGAUAUUGUUUUGGAUGUAUUGAUUGUUAAUCAAACGGGUAAAAACCCAUACAUAAUUAUAAAGAAAGUAUUAAAAGUGCCUAAUGUUAUUUAUUAUAAUAUCAGGUGAUACAUUGCAAAAUUGCACCCUUGAGUUAGCAACAAUGGGAGAUUUAAAGUUGGUGGAAAAACCACAACCUGUUGUUUUGGCACCUCAUGAUUUUUGUAACAUCAAAGCUAGUGUUAAAGUUGCAUCUACUGAAAAUGGCAUAAUAUUUGGAAAUAUUGGUAAAUUAUAAAAGGAUUUUAUUUUUAUUUUUUCAUGGAUUAUUCAUUAUUUAUUGUUAAUAGUUUAUGAUAUUGGUGGUGCAAUUGGUGAUCGUAAUGUAGUUGUAUUAGAUGACAUUCGUAUAGAUAUAAUGGACUAUAUAAUGCCUGCAGUUUGUAAUGAUUCUGAAUUCCGUCAAAUGUGGACUGAAUUUGAAUGGGAGAACAAAGUAUAGAAUCUUUAUAUUUUAUUUAAGUACAUAUGUUAAACAUUGGGUUUUUUUAGGUUUCUGUUUCUACUAGUUUGACAGAUCUUAAUGAAUAUUUGGCGCAUCUGUUAAAGAGUACCAAUAUGAAAUGUCUUACUCCCGAAAAAGCAUUAUCUGGACAGUGUGGAUUUAUGGCAGCAAAUUUAUAUGCAAGAUCAAUAUUUGGUGAAGAUGCAUUGGCAAAUUUGAGUAUUGAAAAGGGAAUAGAUAAGCCACAAGUCAGUGGUCAUAUUAGAAUUCGAGCUAAAAGUCAGGUAAUUAUAAUCAAUGUACAAAUUAUAUUCUGAUUACUCAGAAAAAUGCUUUCCAAUAUUAACAUUCAUAUGGUAAAUAAAUAUGGAAAUAAAAAAUAAAUGAAUGAAUGCAUCGCCUGGAGUAUUAUGAUAAGUGUAUUGUACGAUCAGUUUUGAAUUAAAAAUUCAUCAUCAGGUUUAUCACAGUCAAAAUGAAAAACAUAAUUAAAUAAUUUUGUUUUUACUUUAUUAUUCUAAUAUUAACAUUCCUUUUAUAUAUUAGAAAAAUUAAAAAUUAAACUAAUAUUCUCCUUUUUUUUUUUGUUUUAUCGAAUUAUUAUGAUUUAUAUCAUUUUUUGGACAAAUUUUUAAUUAAUAAAAUUUGAAAACAUUUAAUAUUUUUUGAAUUUAAAAAGUUUUGAAUAUAUUAAAAACAUAAUAAUCGCUCAUUAUAUCUCAUUUAGAAGUUGUUAAAAUGUUAUUCUAAUAUUUAUUAUUAGCACAAUAUUUUAUAUUAAUUUUGAUAUUAAAUCUGUACAUUUUUUGUUGUUUGAUUUAAAAAGGUAUUGAUGACUAGGAUUCUAAGAAUGCCAUUUCUUAAUUUUUAUCUUAAUAUAUUAUUUUAUUAUUAUUAUGGACUCAGUCGACUUAUAUUUGUCAUAAGUGUUUUGCAAUGUAUAUAAUCAUUCCUCAUCUAUUGUUAAUUUCCGAGUAUUUCAAAUAAUAUUGAGGAUUGACAGAUUGCGAGUAAACAAUUAUUGUUUACAAUUUAAUAAUAAUUUAAAUAAAAUGUUAAAUUUGUUUUUUAUUUUUAUGAUUUUUCCCAUAAGGUAAGAUUUAAUAAAUUUAAAAAUACAACUAAUAUAAUUUAUAAUUUAAACUCUAUUAGAUAAAGUGUCACAUUAUAUUUUUUCAAUUUCUUUUUUUUUAUAGAUUCAUUUAGUUUUACUAAUAUUGUGUAUAUUUACAUUUUGUAUGCAUUCCUUAAUAGUUGGUAAAGUGUUAUCCAUUUUUCAAGUUAAUGUAAUUUAGGUACAUGGUUUUUUUUAAAUUAAUCAUUGUAACUAAUUAUUGAAGUCAAAUGAUUAACUUAGGAGUUCUAUUUCUAGUUCUAUUAUUAAUAUAUUUUGAGAUUAUAAAUAAAAAUAAUAAAUAUUGAAAUUAUUAUAGACUUAUAAAUUAUAUGAAAUAAAAAUAUGAAAACAUAUAAUACAAUUAAUUUGUUUAUUUUAAUUCAAUGUUAAUAUUUUUGUUUAAAUUCUACAAAAAAGAAAAUUUUCAAAUUGUGAUUGAAAUUUUGAGUGCAUUUUUUUAUAUUUAUUCAUGAUUUAUGAGUAUCUUAAAUAUUUGUAUUAAAAAUAUUUGUAUGUUGGGGUAUUUGGCUGGGUCUUAUUUCCCAAUACCUGGUACUUGGUCAGUUACAAAAAAAAAUUCACAUUACUAAAUUAUUAAAUGCCAACACUCUAAUUAUAUGAAAUGUAAAAACUAAAUAUUAUAGUAUACAUAUUAUUUAAUUCUGUAAUCAAAGGGAAAUCAAUUGUGGUACCCAGUAUCUUAGUAAAAUAAUUUGAUAUUACUUUGUACCCUGAAAAAUUUAACACUUGGGUCAACUUUAAUUAAUAUUAAUGAUUAUUUUUUAAUUUGAGUAUAUACUUAUAAUAUUUAUAUUAUAUUGUUAAUUUAAUUCUAGGGUAUGGCACUCAGUCUCGGAGACAAAAUUAAUAUGAUGCAAAAACGACCGUAUAAAGCAGUUGCCGCUUAG